ACUUCUCACUUCAUAAAAUGGAGAACUCUUUACUAAGUUCCAAACUUGUGUUUCUCUUGGCAAUUGCUUUUGUCUUAGUUCUUAACACAGAGCUGAGUUUUCUUACAGCUGAACGAGCCUCAGACAGUAACAGCAAAGUUUAUAUAGUGUAUAUUGGUCAAAGGGAACACGAUGAUCCAGAACUUGUCACAGCUUCUCAUCAUCAAAUGCUUGAAACACUUCUUCAAAGCAAGGAAGACGCACAUAACUCAAUGAUCUACAGCUACCAACAUGGAUUCUCUGGUUUCGCGGCGCUUCUUACAUCUUCACAAGCAAAGAAAAUCUCAGAGCAUCCAGAAGUAAUCCAUGUUAUACCAAACCGGAUUCUGAAACUGAAAACCACAAGAACUUGGGAUCAUCUUGGCCUCUCUCCAAUUCCAACUUCUUUUUCUUCUUCAUCAUCUGCAAAAGGUCUACUUCAUAACACCAACAUGGGAAGCGAAGCUAUCAUCGGCGUCGUUGAUACUGGGAUAUGGCCAGAGUCAAAGGUAUUCAACGAUCAAGGUCUUGGACCAAUACCUAAGCGUUGGAGAGGAAAAUGUGAAUCAGGAGAGCAGUUUAACGCCACAAUACAUUGCAACAACAAGCUGAUAGGAGCUAAGUACUAUCUAAGUGGUCUACUUGCCACGACUGGAGGAAAAUUUAACAGAACAAUCAUCCACGAUUUCAAAUCCAACAGAGAUGCAAUUGGUCACGGCACGCAUACAGCCACAAUAGCUGGUGGCUCAUUCGUUCCCAACGUGAGCUUCUAUGGUCUAGCCCGAGGUACGGUCCGAGGUGGCGCCCCUCGGGCCCGCAUAGCCUCAUACAAGGUCUGUUGGAAUGUACUGGGCGGUACAUGCUCAGUUGCUGAUAUGUGGAAGGCUUAUGAUGAUGCUAUACAUGAUCAGGCUGAAUCUUUGUUCACUGGACCGGAGAUUUCAACGGGUUUAGCUUUCUUGGACUCAGACAGUGUUGAUGUGAAGGGGAAAACAGUUCUUGUUUUCGAUACUACUUAUCCUACUUCAUUUGCAGGGAAAGGUGUAGCAGCAGUCAUCUUAGCCCAAAAGCCUGAUGAUGUUCUUGCUCGAUACAACCCUAUACCGUACAUUUUCACAGAUUAUGAGAUCGGAACUGACAUUUUACAAUACAUACGUACUACCAGAUCUCCCACGGUGAGAAUUAGUGCUGCUACGACACUAACCGGUCAGCCUGCAAUGACUAAGGUUGCUGCAUUCUCAUCUAGAGGGCCUAAUUCGGUUUCACCAGCCAUUCUCAAGCCUGAUAUAGCAGCUCCGGGUGUUACCAUACUCGCGGCAUUGAGUUCGCUUGAUCCUUAUGCGUACAACGGAUUUGGACUUCUUUCAGGGACAUCGAUGUCGACUCCUGUUGUUUCUGGAAUCAUAGCUCUCCUCAAAUCUCUACACCCUAAUUGGUCUCCUGCUGCAAUGAGAUCAGCUUUGGUCACAACAGGAUCAAACAAGAAGCUUGCAGAUUCAUUUGACUAUGGAGGAGGACUUGUAAACCCUGAAAAGGCUGCAAAACCCGGACUUGUCUACGAUAUGGGGAUCAACGAUUACAUCAAUUAUCUGUGUUCCGCAGGUUACAACGACUCUUCAAUCUCUCGUGUGCUCGGUAAAAAGACUAAGUGCCCAAUUCCUGAGCCAUCAAUGCUUGAUAUCAACUUACCUUCAAUCACAAUCCCAAAUCUUGAGAAAGAGGUCACACUCACAAGAACUGUAACCAAUGUUGGACCCAUCAAUGCCCCCCCUAAUCGUAACGUACGUCCGCCCAUGAUCGAGCCUCCUCUCGGUAUAACUCUCACCGUGAACCCGACCACACUCGUUUUCAAAUCUGCUGCUAAGAGAGUACUCACUUUCUCGGUUAAGGCUAAAACGAGUCAUAAAGUCAACAGUGGCUACUUCUUUGGAAGCUUAACAUGGACUGAUGGUGUUCAUGAUGUUACAAUCCCUGUCUCUGUUAAGACAGAGAUCACGAUCAAGCCUUAACAAGAAACUCAUUAUUCCAUGUAAUAAAAAGAGCCAUAUGAUGCUCAUGGUAUUUGUUCUUAUGUAAUAUGUUGCAAAUCUAAACUCAGAGUGACAAAUCAAGAUUCAAGAUCAUCAUAAUAAAAGAUCAAAUCACAA